UUUUCUCAUUUUUAUCUGUUCAAUUUUUUUGUAGUCGAUGGUGAAGUAAUCAGCUCCAUUGGAAAAGGACUCUGUGUGUUGGUUGGAAUAUCUAAAUAUGACACCUCAAAAGAAAUUGAAUACAUGUGAGUCAAAAUGAAACAAUAUCACCUCUUGAGAGCAAGGGGAUGGUGCAGUGGUGAGAGCACUCACCUCCAACCAAUUAAGGCGUGGGUUCAAAUCAAGGCGUGAAUGCCAUAUGUGGGUUGAGUUUGUUGUAGAACUUCUCUACUUUGCUCCAAGAGGUUUUUGUCUGGCUACUCCAGUAUUUUCCUCUCCUCAAAAACUAAGGGUGAGUUCGAUUGAGCAUACUGUUGCAAAUUUCUUGUACCAUGAUUUUUGGACCGCCUAAAUACUACAUAUGUCGGAAUAUUUUAUUUCAAGCAGAUUUACAGACAUUGAAGUGUAUUAAAUGCCAAAACAAAUGAUUUCUGAAGUUUAUUCCAUUCAUUCUUAUUCUGGAAUAUUGUCAAUCGAACACUCCCUAACAUUCCCAAAUUCCAAUUCAACCUGGAAUGGUAGACAAAGAACCACCACUUGGAUGCCCUUCCCUUUAAAUUAUUAUUUGUUUAUUUAUUUAUUUAUUUUUUAUUAUGUAUUAUUGGAUGAAUGCUUAACCCAAAAAAAUCAACUAACUAAAAAAGCAAUACCCAGAAAUAAAUUGUCCUACUAUUUAUUACGGAGUCUGAAAAGCCUGGUUUGUCUUUUGAAGGGUGAGAAAAAUUCUAAACUUAAGGGUCUUUGAUGACAAUGGACAACGAUGGAAAAAGUCUGUGGUGGAUAAAAAUCUUGAAAUUUUGUGUGUGAGUCAGGUAUGAGCUACAUACAUUCCAUACUUUUUUAUUAUUAUUAUCACUUUUUAUUUUUAAAUUAUUGUUGUAAAGCACCAUGAACAACUAGUGGAUGUGUGCACUAUAUAGAAGUGUCUUGUUAUUAUUAUUAUUAUUACUAUUAACUACACCUGUAUGUCAAGUUGAAACUUGGGACACUUAGCAUUAGACACACGUACAACUAGCCAGUGAGACCAGCUGUCAUAGGGAGAAUUUCACUGUUAGUCAGGACUUUCCAGCCAUAAUGAUAACAGUCUAUUCCUAAAUAGCUUGAACAGCAGUGAUGGGUUUUAGUAAAAACUCUUGGGAAAUGCCUAUUGCAUUUUCAAAAUGACCAGUCCAUUUGGCCUUUUCUGAUUUUUGGUAAGCACCCUGAGAGAGAUUGUUUAGGUGUUAAGAAUAGCUUUGCCAUUACAGUCACCUGUCCCUGAGACAUAAACCACCGGGUUCAUUACUAAGGGCCUGUCUUACAGAGCUGUGUUACCUCGGGUGGGGGGAGGUACAGGGUGAAAGGGUAAGGGAUUGGAGAAGGAAACAUCUGAAAGGUAGUUCUGUUAGUUGCCGAAUGGAAAUUCUUGUUCCAUUUCUUCAAAGCCAUCUUUGAUACCAGUUUCAGGCUUUCACAGCCGUUUUUUGGUAAAUGGAACUGAUUUGUAUAAAUUUGUUCAAGUUUGUACAAACACGAUUCGGGACGACAUUUACCAGUCCUGAGUUUGCGUACCAUUUUCCCAAACCGUGUUCUGACCGGUUUGCCCAUGAAAUGAAGCCCGCGAGCAAACUCUCCAUUUUAUAAGGCGAGCGAAGCCAUACGCGAGAGAACGCGCGAGCGAACAGUAAAGCCUCUCGCGCUCGCGUCUCCUUUCGCGUGCUACUCUCGCGUGACUUCUCGCGACUCCCCUAAAUGGAGAGGAGCCUACUCGCAGGCUAAUGUUAAUAGAGACCUUUAGAUUUGAGGAAGAGAACGAGUACGAGUGCUAGAUUUGAUUUAAGGUUUUUCACGUAUUGUCAAAAAAUAGACACCCCGGAAUUCUUCAUUGUACUUUUUUCACCAGAAAAGUUAGCACUGUUAUCGUUAUUGAAGGAGGUUGAGACCUCUCCCGAUUGCAAAAUGCUGAAACUUCUAACAUUUGAUAACUUGUUUCCGCCACUACGACACUCUCGCUAAUACUCAUAGUAGAAUGACGACGGCUACCACGUUUUCCCGCCAAAAUAGGCUGAUUUAGCAAAAGAACGGGAACGUCAGUUGACGACGGAGCGCGCAAAUCAAACAACUGGCUUAAACAAUGACAGAGGGGCAAAUUGGGCUCCGGAGGUCGUGUUUAGUCUUCUCCGCGCGCUUUCCCGUCGUCAACUGACGUUCCCGUCUUAUCGCUAAAUCAGCUUAAUGAUGCUGGCUCACGCGCGAGCACUACCUUUUAUUGAGAAAAUCUCGUACUCGUAGUCGUUCUCGUCUUAGAAUCUAAAAGGUAUCUAAUGGUAAACAAUUGGAAAGUACCCCGGAUUUAGGCGUGAUCAUUUUGUUUCAUUAGUUCACUCUACAAGCGGUUCUCAAGGGAAAUAAACCAGAUUACCACUUAGCUAUGGGUGGAGAUCAGAGUGAGACAUUUUAUCAAGAUUUUCUGCAGCACAUGAGAUCAACAUACAGAGUUGAUGCGGUAAAAGGUAGAAAUUUCCAGAAGUCUUUUCCCUAUAGAUGCAGUCGAACCUUCGCUAACGGCCAACUCUAUACAACGGCCACUUUUUUUCGUCCCGGCAGACAAAAAUCCAUACAUUGACUCUAGUUUUAGCCUCUCCGCAACGGUCACCUCUUUACAACGGCCACUUUCUUCUGUUCCCAAGUUGGCCAUUGUAGAGAGGUUCAACUGUAAUCAUUUAAAGUAUCUUUUAGGGAUUCUUCCAUGAGCUUUCUAAGUAUUUCCAUCUUAAGCUUCCUAAGCGGAAGGGCACCAACUUUUUGAUUUUCCGACUGAAAUUUCCAGUUUGCCAAAAAUGAAUGUAAAUAGUUAGCGUGCGUACCGUUUUCUUUUAGCUAAGCGCCGCGGGAGAACUGGGAAAACGUGCGCAAGGGUGAGUAAAAAAGUAGAAGCAAGAACCACCUUCUUAAUCUACCCCACUUCAAUUUUUUAGCCCCUUUCUUGUGUGUCUCCUGGAAACGGAAAAAAACUGGUCAGUAAAUAGGAAGUUCACAAAUUCACUUGUGUCUUUCUUUGUGUCUGUGUCGCAAGUGAAAAUUAGGCUUAAAUCAUCCUAUAUUUCUAUAUAUUAAUAUGCAGUAACUUUACUUUUCUGUUCAGAUGGAAAAUUUGGAGCGUAUAUGCAAGUUCACAUUCAAAAUGACGGUCCAGUUACAAUAUCAUUGGAAACGCCUCCCUCGAAACCGGCCCCACAAAACAAGGUGAGUUCAUGCUAGUAUCACCGUCUAUUUCUGGGAAUGUGCACUUCCCUUUCACCUUGGUGUGUCAUCAUCCUCCUCAUCAUCAGGGAUAGGCUAACUUUCUAGAUCUCACCAGGAGACAUCUAAGUCUCCACCCAUAAUAGUAGAUGGGAUAUAGUUUCCCCUAAGGCAAGGUAGUAGUGCCACGUAGCGGUUAGCUGCGAGUAAGCUCUCCAUUUUGGAGUCCUCUUAAAAAAUCACGCGCGAGUGGUACGCGAAAGGAGGAGCUUUGCCGCUCGCUUGGUGUUCUCUCGCGAACGUUAGCUCAAGCUACAGAAAGGCUAUCCCUGGGUGCUAGAAGUUUAUAUUUUCUUCUCGUACACGUGCAGCGGAAUGUUUUGGGGAGUCGGCUUGAGGUCGACGUAUGUUCGGCCGAGGGCCGAACCAACGAGUCAAUAAGGAAUAAGGAAUACUUGGGAACUUGCUUUAACUUUUUCUGUGUGUGUGGAUAUCAUAUUAUAAAAAUAUGGCCAUGCAUUCUAAAUUUAACAGCUGUAGGCCUAAUUAUACGGGAAACCCGUUUGUCUUCACGCCGACGUUUUUCACUAAGUAUGUGCUUCGAAAAUAAUUAACAAUAAGUCAGCUGUGAGGUGAAGCUUCUCUUGAUCUUUUCUCUUGUUCUUAGGGGAAAAGAAACCCAGGCGAGGGUGAAGGCAGUUCAACCAGCGCUGCCGAUAAGGAAAAGGAGGAA